AUGGCGUCCUCAAUGAAACAAGAGAGAACUUACUCCAUCCUCAUUCUGUUUCUCUGUGUCAUCCUCCUCCGUUGCCCUAUAAGUUCGCUCCAAGACAGAGACGACUAUGCUCCUCCCUUCUUUGUUAAGAACAUCACAUUCAUCGGAAGCUUCCUACUCAUGAACGAAUCUAGGCAGCUCUCUACAAUGGCAGCCGUCGUCUUCUUCCUCAGAGUUCCAUUCCAUGAAACGAAAGCAAACUCCACUGUUUCCUUCGGCACAGAACCAGUUCUUGCAGUGGAGUUUGCUCCUCUGUUUAUUUCAAAUUAUAUUUUAAUGUUCAAGAAUGGAGUUCUGGAUACACCUGGUGUCAUUCACCACAGAAGAAACAAAUAUCUGACCAUCCGGCAGCUUCUUCACCAUAUAAAUCGAAUCAAGAAGCCUAUCCUCUCUGCAAAAUCCAAUUUUGGUUUCUCAGCAUCCACGCAGAAUCGAAAUGGCACCAAUCUGGAAAUAAAAGACUGGAGCUUUCAAAUCAUCAGUUCUGAUACUUCUCAAUUUGAGUUUUACGGGAACAAAGACAUUGUUCUUGCGUCAUAUACACCUGUGCUUGCCGUGAUUUCCUUGUUUUCAGCUUUCUGGUCUUAUUUUAAGAAAAUAUUCAAAGACAAGGAAGAUACUACUCCAAACCCAUAUCAGGAUUCUUCCAUCUCUAGCCUUUUAGUUCAAUUUCGCAGGUUCACAUACAGUGAACUAAGCUCUGCAACCAAUUUUUUUCACCAAUCAGAGCUGCUGGGAGAAGGAAUAGUGGCUUCAGUCUACAGAGCUUCAUUUCCUGGAUCAAUCAAUACGUACGCAGUAAGAAGAUUCAACACGAACUUCUCCAGUAAGAAAUGCUAUGAAACAGAGGUCAGAACAAUCCAUUCUCUUCGUCAUCAAAACAUACUAGAGCUCAGGGGAUGGUGUAAUGAAAACCCAAAUGAACCAUUGCUUGUAUAUGACUAUAUGCCCAACAGAAGCCUCUUUGAUCUUCUUUCAACUGGCAAAUUUCUCUUAUGGCCACAUAGAUUCAAUAUUGUUGUAGGAAUUGCUAAAGCUUUAGUGUAUCUUCACCAUGAAUGUAAUCCAUCUGUGAUUCACUCAGAUAUCAAAGAAGAAAAGGUUUUGCUGGAUGCUGAAUUGAAUCCAAAAUUAGCAGACUUUGGCCUGUCAUUACGUUGCCAAAAUAAAUUACCAUUUCAGCAUAAUGAAUGGGCAACACCGAAAAUUGAUGUUUUUUUAUUUGGUUCAUUUGUGCUUGGGCUUUGCUGUAGGAGGACUGAGGGAUACAUGGAUUUUAUUGGAAAACUCAGGAAGCUGAAAUUGGAAGACAGACUUGUUGAAGCUGCGGAUGAGAACUUGGUUGGAAAUUACAAUGAGGAAGAGAUGCUGAGGCUUCUAACAGUGGGUCUGGAGUGUAUGGAUGAAGAAAUUGCUAAGAGGCCUUCAAUGGCGGAGGUACUGAAAGUACUUUUAACUUGA